AUGGCAGCAGGAAACUAUUGCAUGAUUCCUGAGUUUAUUCUGACUGGCCUCUCAAAGAAACCAGAACUCCAGAUGCCUCUAUUUUUCCUCUUCCUAGGAAUCUAUGUGGUCACAGUAGUGGGAAAUUUGGGCAUGAUCACACUGAUUAGGCUCAGUUCUCACCUGCACACACCAAUGUACUAUUUCCUCAGUAGUUUGUCCUUCAUUGAUCUCUGCCAUUCCACGGUCAUUACCCCCAAAAUGCUGGUGAACUUUGUGACAGAGAAGAACAUCAUCUCCUACACUGGAUGCAUGAUUCAGCUCUACUUCUUCCUCAUUUUUGCAAUUGCAGAGUGUCAUAUGUUAGCUGCCAUGGCAUAUGAUCGGUAUGUUGCCAUCUGUAACCCCUUGCUUUACAAUGUAACCAUGUCCUACCAGAUUUACGUUUCCUUGAUCUCUGGAGUCUAUAUUAUUGGUGUGAUUUGUGCAUCAGCUCACACAGGCUUCAUGAUCAAAAUACAAUUUUGUAACUUAGAUGUGAUCAACCACUAUUUCUGUGAUCUUCUUCCCCUGCUGGAGCUUGCUCACUCUAGUACUUAUGUUAAUGAAUUGUUAAUUUUAUGCUUUGGUACAUUUAACAUUGUUUUUCCAACCUUGACUAUUCUUACCUCUUACAUCUUCAUCAUUGGCACCAUCCUACACAUUCGUUCUACUGAAGGCAGAUCCAAAGCCUUCAGUACCUGCAGCUCCCACAUUUUGGCUGUUGCUGUCUUCUUUGGGUCUGCUGCAUUUAUGUACCUGCAGCCGUCGUCAGUCAGCUCCAUGGACCAAGGGAAAGUGUCUUCUGUGUUUUAUACCAUUGUUGUGCCCAUGUUGAACCCUUUGAUCUACAGUCUGAGGAAUAAGGAUGUCAGUAUUGCCCUGAAGAAAAUACUAGAAAGAAAAUCGUUCAUGUAA